AUGUCCUAUGGGUACCUCAUGAGGCCCUCGCUCGCCCAUGCGGAGCGGGAUUUGCCACCGCCGCAGUCGGGGAUUAGCGCGCUCCGGGUCGGCGCGGCCGGAUUAGCCCGCGUGGAUUCGACGCGUGGACUCGGCGCCCGGCCCGGGGAUUACCGCGCGCUCCCCCCCGACGCCGCGUCCUGCGCCUGCUGCUGCUGCUGCGGUCCCCAUGCGGCGUCCCGCGGCCCCCCGGAGCCCGCCGCAGGGCUGGGCGCUCGGCUGCCGUGGCCACUGAGGCUGGGACCCGCCGCACCUUUGCCGUUGGCAACACAGACCGAAGGCUCCAGGGCGCUGCCCAGCGCGGACAGCCCCGGCCCUCAGCGGCGCACGCGGCGCCACCGCACCAUCUUCAGCGAGGAGCAGUUGCAGGCCCUGGAGGCGCUCUUCGUGCAGAACCAGUACCCCGACGUGGGCACGCGCGAGCGCCUGGCCGGCCGCAUUCGCCUGCGCGAGGAGCGCGUGGAGGUCUGGUUCAAGAACCGUAGGGCCAAGUGGCGACACCAGAGGCGUGCAUCAGUGUCUGCGAGGCUCCUGCAUGGAGCUAAGAAGCCCCCCAAGGAGAGCUGCUGA